ACCAUAACAACUUGGAACACACUGUCCUGCACUUUUUGCUUGCUUACGUUGGUGUAUAAGUAGGCACAUAUAACAUUUUCACUUGUCAAGUUGUCAGUUGUCAGAUGGAUUGACAACGACAGCAACGUCAGCUUUUAUAAACAGGCAGUUUCUCUUUUAUUUUACGCACAACGAUAAGAGAGAAAGAAAGUGACGGAGGGCUGUAAAGUGUUCGGACUUUCGGAGUCUGCGGUAAGUUGAUAUACUUGCAGCUUAGUGAUAUCGAAGAAUAAAUACACGCGAAUAACGGAGAGACAAAAAAAUGGUCUCAUUCAGAGUCGGGAUUGUCAUGCUCGUCCUGUCGAUCUUCUGCACAAAAGCAUUUGCAUCGGAAAGCUACUCCCACGCUGUUGUCGAGAGCUGCAAGGGAUGCCAGCUGAACCGAUUACCCGACGUGAAGAGUUUUAUUUUCGAGGACGUUCCUAAAUACAACAACGUCGAGUUCAAACACAUUCAAGGAGCACCUCCAGAAUUGGUGCUGUAUAAUGACCAGGAACAGGAAGUAGAACGACUGAAACUGGCAAAACUAAUUCGCGACGAGCUCAACGAUCUCCUUGUAUCCAAAGGAUUUAAGAAGACGCACGACAAAGAGGAUUUAUAAGGAUAAUAACACAAUUUUGUUUUAUCAAUUUACACUUUAGUUGAUUGCCCAAGGGGUCGAUUCACAAAAUAAUUCCUCUCGCACGCUCAAUAUAAAAUGCGAAGCACCCAAGUUUUUAUACAAAAAAUCACACCUGUUACAAGACACGUAAGUAACCAUUUACACAAAAAUAAUAAAUAAAUAAAACUAAGCCUUAAGAUAAGCACAGUUUGUUGUUAAAAUUUAUUUUAUUUGUAUAGCACGUUUUUUUUGGAUUGAUUUUUAUUGAAUAACAAUACUGUAGACAAGGGGAGUUCAGGCUCCUGUCAGAGUUGCAAACUGUGAUAAAAUACACUGUAUACUUGGUAACCAUAAAUUGUGUAUGUGAGUGCGUGUGUGUAAAAUGACAAUGACAAAUUAAUGACGACAAAGUUGUCAUAUCACAGCGCAUGUGUGCCGUAAUUUUUGGGUAUUAUACUUUCACACAAUGUUCAAUCAAAUUUUAAUCCAAUGAACAAAAUUUCUCUCUAAACGUUUAUGAAGAAAUUCAUCAGUUAUAGUAGAGUGUAAAAAAUUAAUAUUUAAUAUUAAUACGAAGUGUAUAUCUCUUAAUUAAUAAAUUUGCAAAAGUAA